AUGACAAAAAGAAAUCGUGGGAAGGAAUGUGACAAUGUGGGCGGGAAGGAAGACAUUGAGUUACCAAUAUUUGAUCUAACAGCUAUUGCCAAUGCGACUGAUAACUUUUCAAGAAAAAACAAUUUGGGAGAAGGUGGCUUUGGAUCUGUCUUCAAGGGUACAUUGCGGGAGGGGAAAGAGAUAGCAGUAAAGAGGUUAUCAAAGAAUUCCGGACAAGGAUUGAAUGAGUUCAAAAAUGAAGUUAUUUUAAUUGCAAAACUUCAGCACCGCAAUCUUGUGAAGCUUCUUGAUCAAACAAAGAGUAAAUUGUUGGAUUGGCAUAAGCGCAUCAACAUAAUUGUUGGGGUUGCUAGAGGGCUUCUUUAUCUUCAUCAAGAUUCUAGAUUGAGAAUUAUCCAUAGAGAUCUCAAAACUAGCAAUAUCCUACUUGAUAACAACAUGAAUCCAAAAAUUUCAGACUUUGGACUAGCAAAAUCAUUUGGGGGAGAUCAAGGUGAUGCCAAGACCAAUAGGAUUAUUGGAACAUAUUAUAUGUCUCCUGAGUACGCAGAAUGGAGACUGUGGAUUGAAGAUAGGUCGAUUGAAUUGAUUGAUGAUUCAGUAGGUGACUUCACUCUAUCUGAAACGUUACGAUGCAUUCAUGUGGGUCUGUUAUGUGUGCAACAACGACCAGAAGAUAGGCCAAACAUGUUAUCUGUGGUUCUAAUGUUAAGCAGUGAGAGUUUAUUGCCUAAACCGAGGCAGCCAGGCUUCUAUACAGAUUCACCUGAAGCGGAUUCUUCAUGUAGCACAACUUUUUCAGCAAAUGAAAUGUCCUUUACAUCGUUUGAGGCAAGGUAA